UAGUGAGCUCAAGGUGUUCCGAACGGUCAUCGUCCACGAGCAGUGAUGAGAAAGGUACACUACCCGUGCCCGAGGCGGACAGAGGCAGGCGAGGCUCGUACGGCACGUGUAACCAUUUGUUCCUCGAACAAGCAACUGGUAGGAAAUCGCCUUUACCUCAGAAGGUGAGAAAGUCCCCGUCGCCCGUGAGGCGCGCCUUGUUCAAAUCGGUUGUGAAUUCAUCGUCCAACUCCUCAUCGUCGUCAUCGGCGGACUCGUCAUCGAAACAGAAGGCCGGGCGUAUACUAUCGUCGUCUUCCCCAUCAUCACCUCCGCCCUACCUCUCCCAACAGCCGGCCGACAAGUCAUCGCCCCUGAAAACGUCCCCCAAACACCAGAUUACCCAUCCGUACGGCAGCGGGUUGGAUUCGCCCACGAAGAAGACCAUUUCUGACGCCCCUCCCGCCAACUACCGAGGGCGGAGAAAGUUCUCCGACACGGGUCUUACCCCGGUCCCUCGGCGUCUCUUCAGCGACGGCAGACGAGGUUCACUGACGGACGAGCGGACCCUGGUAUCCGCCAAGUCCAAACUCGGGAAGCUGCGUUUCCAGGGGCGCAAGUCCUCGGACGCCAGCAGCGUAGCCGCCCUCGUCAAACAGAUCCACAACUUGUGGGGGGACGGAGACGAGGAAGAGGGCGGGGAUAGCUCUAUCGAACCGGCCCAGUCCGGCGCUGGAUUACCGUGUAGUCUGGACGAUCAGGCACUCUGUGAUAAACGUAGGAAAAAAUUCCCCUUUCAUAUUAGCAAGGA